AUGUCGUCCGACCCCAGCGCGCCGCCGGCGGUGCCGCCGCUGCACUCGCCCAAGUCGCCCGUGUGGCCCACGUUCCCCUUCCAGCGCGAGGGCAGCCGCGUCUGGGAGCGGGGCAACCUGCUGCUGCGCGACCUGCCUAGCCCGCUGCCCACCAAGAGGACCCGGACGUACUCCGCGACGGCUCGCGCCUCCGCCGGCCCCGUCUUCAAGGGCGUCUGCAAGCAGUUCUCGCGCUCCCAGGGCCACGGCUUCAUCACCCCCGAGAACGGCACGGAGGACAUUUUCGUUCAUGUGUCCGACAUCGAGGGCGAGUAUGUGCCGAUGGAGGGGGACGAGGUGACGUACAAAGUCUGCCCCAUCCCUCCCAAGAACCAGAAGCUGCAGGCGGUGGAGGUGGUGCUCACCAACCUGGCCCCCCACGCGAAGCACGAGACGUGGUCCGGCCAGAUCAUCGGCUCCUAG